AUGUCUGGCCCAGCUGGCAAUCCCUUCUCGCAUGCCAUUCCCGCCGCCGACUCGUUCCAGCUGCUGCCCGAAUCGCGAAAGACGGGUGAGGCCGAGGAUGCUCUGUACGAAGCCCAGAUCAAGGAGGUUGAGGCGUGGUGGACUUCUCCUCGGUAUGCCGGCAUCAAGCGACCCUAUAGUGCUGCCGAUGUCGUCACGAAAAGAGGCACCCAGAAAAUCUCAUACCCCAGCUCCGUCAUGGCCGCCAAGUUGUUCAAUCUGAUCCAGGAGCGCCAGGCCAAGGGCGAACCUAUUCACACAAUGGGUGCCGUUGAUCCCAUCCAAAUGACACAGCAAGCUGCUCACCAAGAGGUCCUGUACAUCUCCGGCUGGGCUUGCUCGUCGCUGCUGACCACUACCAACGAAGUGUCCCCCGACUUUGGUGACUAUCCCUACAAUACAGUCCCCAACCAGGUUCAACGUCUGGCCAAGGCCCAGAGCAUGCAUGAUCGCAAGCAGUGGGACGCUCGUCGGAAGAUGACCUCUGAAGAGCGCGCCAAGACGCCAUAUAUUGACUAUCUGCGGCCCAUCAUUGCUGAUGGCGACACUGGUCACGGGGGUUUGUCCGCUGUCUUGAAGCUUGCCAAGCUGUUUGCCGAGAAUGGUGCCGCUGCUGUGCAUUUUGAGGAUCAGCUUCACGGUGGCAAAAAGUGCGGCCACCUUGCCGGCAAAGUCAUCGUCCCCAUUGGCGAACACAUCAACCGACUGAAUGCGGCCCGAUUCCAGUGGGACGUCAUGGGUUGUGAGAACUUGGUGAUUGCCCGGACCGACUCCGAGUCUGGAAAGCUGCUUUCCUCUGCCAUCGACGUCCGCGACCACGAGUUCAUCCUUGGUGUAGCUGACCCGUCCAUUGAGCCACUUGCCGAGACGAUCCAGUCCAUGGAGGCCAAGGGAGCCACUGGCUCUCAGAUCGACAUAUUUGAGGCCAAGUGGGUGAAGAGCACCAAGCUGGUCACGUUUGACGAGGCUGCUGUCGCCCACAUGAAAAACGAAGGUGUCAGCCAGGAAAAGAUCAACGAGUACCUGAAUUCCACUUCCAAAGACCGGGAUAUGGGCAUCACGCGCCGUCGUGCUCUGGCGUCUCACUACUCCAAGACCCCCGUCUACUUCAACUGGGACGUUCCCCGCACUCGUGAAGGUUACUACCACUUUAGAGCCGGCAUGGAGGCUGCCGCCAAGCGUGCGCUGGCCUUUGCUCCCUAUGCUGACCUGCUCUGGGUUGAGACUGGGGACCCCAAUGUCGACGUCGCCACCAAGCUGGGGCGUACCGUGAGGGAAGAGUAUCCCAACAAGGGUCUGGUGUAUAACCUGUCCCCGUCAUUCAACUGGAUGGCGCACGGCUUCACCCCCGAAACGCUCAAGUCCUUCAUUUGGGACAUUGCCAAAGAGGGCUUCGUCCUUCAGCUUGUUUCCCUGGCUGGACUGCACUCCACGGCAGCCAUAUCAUGCGAGUUGGCGCGCAACUUCAAGACUGACGGCAUGAAGGCGUAUGUCGAGCUCGUUCAGCGAAGGGAGAAAGAACUUGGGUGCGACGUGUUGACGCAUCAGAAGUGGAGUGGAGCCAGCUACAUUGAUGGCAUCCUGGGGGCUAUUCAGAGCGGCAGCUCGAGCAGCAGAAGCAUGGGCGAGGGCAAUACGGAGGGCCAGUUCAACUAG